AUGAUUCCGAGGAUCAUCUUCUGCACGGCGGUCUCCGCCGCCACCCUCGCCGUCAUCCUGCUGGCCCUAGUCUCCCCGUCUGCGCACAGGAAACUGCAGAGGAGCUCUCCGAGGCCGAAGAUCGCUCUGUCCCUCUACGUCCAGCCCCCGCCGCCGCCGGGCCGCCGGCCGUCCGCCGGUGCCCAGCCCGCUGGAGCGGCGCUGGUCUUCCACCACACGCUCACCGAGGGCCCGGGGAACCUGUCCCGGGUGGUGGGCAAGGCCCAGGGCUUCAUCAUCCCGGCGGAGCACUUCGCCCACUCCGCCUUCAACCUCGUUUACCUCACCUUCCGCACGCCGGAGUACUCCGGCAGCGUCGGCGUGGAGGGGAGGCGGCUCCGGCAGGCGGACAGGGAGGAGCUCGGCGUGCUCGGCGGCACGGGGUCCUUCGCCUUCGCCCGAGGCCGCGCGGUGCUCACGCGGACAGGCCGCCCCCGGGGCAGCCCCGCCGCCAUGUACCACAUGAAGCUCCACCUUCAAUUCCCCGACAGAUCUCAGACCAGUCCUGGUUGA